UGACAAUUAAGCAGCAGCAAAAUAAGAAAAACCAUAAAGGCAAACUUAAGUUAUAUUAGAAAUUAUAGAUCAUCAGCAAACACCAAAUACAAGUUAAAUUCUAAUCAGUUGAGUGCAUUGUUACAAGUUUUGUUUUUAGGUUUGUUUUAAAUUACUGAGUUCAAAUGUACAGUGCAGAUAAAACAAUUCAGUCCGCCAUGGUUAAUAAGCCCAAUAACAAGCAGCAACAACAGCAGCGGCCAUUGGCUGCAACAGAUCGAAGCAGCAUGAAUCCUAGUGGCAGCUUUGUAGACAACACAUUUUGUGUUGUCCUCCAUGUGGUCGAAGCAAUAAAUUUCUAUGGACGUGAGAUGCGCGAAGGGGAACGAGAUCAGAUUGUUAUGAAUGCUGCACUUAAUUCGGUGGACUUUGAGGUUGAGGGUACACCUUCGGUGACCACGGAAACAAUCAUAUUCAACAGCAACUGCAUUUGGGAAUGCGACAUGGCGGGAAUCAAGCGGAUCAAGACCGAUCAUCGACCUGUAAAGGUCACUUUCUUUGCCUCCAAUUCCGCCAGUUCAUCCCGCAAGACAAUUGGAUCGCUGUUGCUCCCGGUGCGGGGAAUUCCCGUGCUGGGCCUGGGUGGCAACAACAGUCCGUUGCAGCUGAAAAUGUUCUGGCACAAAUUGAUCUGCAUCAGCAGCGAGUUUCGAUCCCACAAACCGGAAGUCUUGCUGAUGCUGGCCAUCAUAAAAAAGUCAUUGCUGCACACCAAAGACUUUAAGCAUUUGAUGGUCUUCAAUAACGCAGAGAAACAACCGCGUGGUCCGCCGCUGCAGUCGCCAGGACACUCUAUCACAGCCAACAUGUUGCAGUCGCAGGCUAAUGUUUAUGUUCAGUCAUUGGUGCAAUUGGGUUUGCUGCAGGUGGGAAACAAUCCUCUUGUUGACUGCGACAUCAUUGAGGUGGUGCUGCAAUUUAAGCAACUCAAAAACCUCAACAGGUUUGUCAAAUCAAUAUUUCAAGGCAAGGAUGUGGACACAGUUCUCCUCAUGUUCGACUUUGUUGGCAACGUCACCAAUAUUGAAUUGAAGCUAAAUGAAUCGGAUUGCUAUACACUGGACGAUGUGUUGGGCUUGCGUUUUAAGUCGUCGCUAAACAGCAUUCGGCUCUAUUUUCAGCGAAUUUUCUACUUGCCUAUUAACAUGUAUAUAAAGGGAACUUCAAUAGCUAACUAUCGCAUGGACUUUGGCAAAAUGCUGCCAUCAGAUUUGUACUUUUCCGAUCAACGAAAGUAUAUGCAAAGCGGUAGCUUUGCCUUUGAGCGCUUUGGUCGGAUGGGCAGCGCACGCGAGCUGAAGCCAAUCAUGGACUACACAUUCUCAGUGGACAUCCAGGAAGUGUGCUGGCGUCAGCAAGGCGGUCAAUCCAAUGUGCCACAGCAAGAACAACAACAGUCCGAUCAGCUUAGUUUGCAUUGCGCGACCAGCAAAGCUGUCAUACAUGAAGUGCCCAAAGAUCGGGUCAUUGACAAUGCUGGGGAUUGGCAAUCACAGAAUCCGGAUAGACAUUGCAAACCCGACACUGUAUCUAUCAAUAGCUUAAAUGUUGGUGCUGAAUUGUCCGACUCCGAUGAACGAGAAAGCCCCGUUGAACCUGCUUUGAGUGAUGCCCACGACUCAGAUGAUGGAGGCGAGCACAAGUUUCAUGGGCGUCGCAAGAAGUUUACACGACUCGUGGAUGCCUUGGAAAUCGAGCAACAAGAUGCUGGUAUACUUGAUAUGGCUGAGGACAUUGAUUCCGAAGCUGAGCUUUUAGGGCUUUAUAAUAAUAGCAAGUUCUGUCACCAGAUUACAACCGUUGAAUAUGAGGAGAACGUUGUUCAGAAAACGAAGGAGUGCGUGGAAGUGUCAACAAAAGUUAAACUUCAAGAGACUUCUUCUCAACAGACUAAAACUAAAAAUGAAAACAGAAAAAUGCAAAUGGACGAAAGUGCACGUCAUAAGGAAAAUAAUAGGUCGGAACGAGUUAAAAUUGUUGGAAACGAUCCGUGGUUACAAUUAGAGAAGGAAUACGAUCAGAAAUCCCAAGAUACUCCCAAAGAUAACCCCAAUAAACAGAAUAUUAAUAUGGUGCACAAGUUACGCAGAUCUAAAAUUAUACCAAAUGAUAAGAUGGACUUGGACUUGCCGGAGUCCGAUGUGAAAAGUAAAGUGGCAGUCCGAAAGAAUACAUCAAAUGAUAAAGCAUUAAAUGUGGAACCAAAUAUACUCAGUCAGAGGAAAGGUCUAUUGAAAACCGAUGACGAAUUGGAGCAAUUAGAAGUCGCUGAGAUGGCCAAAAUUAUACAUAAAUCGUCUAAUACGUCGAAGCCAUUGUUACAGAAUAGAUAUUUGAUGUCUGACGAUAGUUUUCUUAAAGCUGAGAAUGAUAUCGAAUUGGAUUGCGAGUCGCAGAAAUCGCAAAACUUAAGGAAGUCUAGGAAAAGAUUUGUUGACGGAGACACGGUGGAGGCGGACACCACAACCGACACAGAGAUUAAAGAAAGAAAUGGCACGCGAAAGACUAAGUCAAAGGUAUUCGUUCAAGUAGAGUCCGAAGUUUGUGAGACAGUCAUAGAUAAGCAACCACAGAAAACGAAACAAAUGUCGACAUCAAAGGCUGAGCUCAGUUUAAGAGCACGGUGGGUUGAGGUCAACAAGAAUCAACGUACUAUGUUAGAAGAGACUGAAAGGUUUAUUGGAGAAACUAUUAAAGGAGCUAACUAUCUAACUGAAGAACCAUUUUCAGGAAGCUCUACAAGGUCGUCACCUAAGAAAUUAGAUCGAAAUCAUGUAAAACCUCGUUCAAAAAUAGAUAUUAAGAUGCCGUUAAAUGAAGAACAGAAUUUAGAACAUAAAACAAUGAAGAAAAAAGCACCUGUUAAUAUAUGUGUUAGUGAGAACUCACAAGAAAUGGCACCUCCCACAAAUAAAAUAUUCCCAAAGGCCAGAAGAGGAAAUGAAACUAGAGAUUUUGAAGAACUUGGCAGUACUCAAAGUUCCGCUCAAAAAUCAAGUCGAGUUGUUAAGCAAUCAUUAGCCCACGCACCAGAAGAGUCAACCAGUAAGCAGCCUGUCACAAAUGGGUACACCAAGGAAUUGCCAGAGACAGAGUCUAGUGAACUUGAAAUGGUUACAACCCAACGAAAGAAAAUGCUGAAAAAGAAAUCAUCAAGAACUGCCAAGUCAGGGGACGAAUGCUGCGGCAAUGCUACUUCGAAAUCACAGUUGGAAGUGGAUACUCAGUUGUCACGAUUAGAGGUUACUGUUCAUAUGUACGAUCAAACGAAGGGAGCUGGAGCUGAGACUACAAAGCAAGUUGUUGAAGGGGAUGUGAACGACAUGAAUGAGAGUUUACAACAGAUAUUGUCUGUCUCUAUGGGUCUUCAACGAGAAAUGCAACUAAAGGCGUUGGAGUAUCUGCGGAGUCUUAGCCAACAACCGUCACAGGUUCGAUUAGACAAGCAUUCACAGUCAACGCCUGUUAAUGAAUCGAAUAACAUGGAUGCAAACUAUAUUGUUAAAUUCAAAGAACUAGAAGAGCACAUUAUCGUGCUUGAGGAUCACUUGCGUCAAUUUGAAAGUCGCACCUUCAAAAUGCAAGAGGAAAACUCAAAAUUAGCACAAGAGAAGAUGCAGCUUAAGCAACGCAUUUGUCACAUGGAGCAGCAGAUUGAAGCGCUGCGUCACGGGGCAACGAACAGUAGUGAUCUGAGGCAAAUGCUCAACAAGUUACGCCACCAGAAUGUACGUUUUAAUGAUCUUGCCAAGGCAAGGGAUCACUACAAAAAGCAAUGGAGACAUGCGGCCAAGCGAAUUCAUGUCCUCAAACUAGCCAUGCAUGAGAAGAAUGUGCAGCACCAGUACGAGACCCUAGAAUCCAACGUUAUUAAUCUAAAGAGUAUUUUGACCCAGGAUGCCGAUGAGUUUGAGCGAGAAUUUGGACGGUUUCGUAACACUACAGUUAGUUUUCCUGGUUCAAACGAUUCUUCAGAGCCCUUGCUCAAAGAUUAUCUGCGCGGAUUGUCCCCACAAACACUUGGUAAACACAUACCUGCAAAUAGUGUUGACAGCACUCGAAUGCAUUAGGCAGUUUCUAUCCAUCGAAAUUAGCGGUGUAUCUGGUUAUUGGAACACUUUUAUCUUACUUAAUUUUAACGUUUUUGUUUUGAUCUGUUUUAGUUUGUAAUUAAAAUUGCGAUAGAUGCUUAUUUUGUAUUUCUGCUAGAGUCUGUAGAAAUAUUGCAAUUAUUAUUUAUUUCU